AUUUUGCUGGUUCCGCAUUUCGGGUCGGCAAGGUGGGGGAGGCGAGCGCAGCAACUGGCACCGGGUCGACCCUCGGUUCAGAGCAGCGGCGCCCGGUGCUUCCGCUGGCCGCGAGCUGAGGACUGUCCGCUUCCUCGUGGUUCCCGCGCGGGCUCCGAAUCCAGACCGCGGCGGGGGCCAGCGGCCCUUCCCCUCCGAGGAUAGAAGAUGAGCUUCCUCUUCAGCAGCCGCUCUUCUAAAACAUUCAAACCAAAGAAGAAUAUCCCUGAGGGCUCUCAUCAGUAUGAACUCUUAAAACAUGCAGAGGCAACUCUAGGAAGCGGGAAUCUGAGACAAGCUGUUAUGUUGCCAGAGGGAGAGGACCUCAAUGAAUGGAUUGCUGUUAACACUGUGGAUUUCUUCAACCAGAUCAACAUGCUGUAUGGAACUAUUACAGAAUUCUGCACUGAAGCAAGCUGUCCAGUCAUGUCUGCAGGUCCAAGAUACGAAUAUCAUUGGGCAGAUGGUACUAAUAUUAAAAAGCCAAUCAAGUGUUCUGCACCAAAAUACAUUGACUAUUUGAUGACUUGGGUUCAGGAUCAGCUUGAUGAUGAAACUCUUUUUCCUUCUAAGAUCGGUGAGUUAAUGUUGAAUGUUUUCCUUUUUAACUGAUAAAUAUGUUGCAUU